AUUGUGGGUUUCCUGUUAAUCAGUAAUUAAAUAGCAAUUUUUUUUCCUCAUAGCAGUAAGUAAAGCAUCAGGAACUGGCCAAGCACAAACAGUAAUCAGUUGACCAAUUAUCUAAACUUCACAUUGUGAAGUUCCCCUUUCCUUUUUAUUGCAACCCUGUUAUUCAGUACUCUCAUGUCAAAUGCAAACAGAUAACAAUAUGUAACUGUCACUCAUUUUACUUCCACACCAGUCAAAUUAGUCGAGUAAGAACUCUUUUGCAUGCAGGGGGUUUUAGGUACUUCUCCCACUUUGUUUCUUUCCAUUCAGACCCCGGCAACAGCAUGUAACAAUUUCCAUUCUUGGUGAGAAACCACAAUACCUCUAGGUGGAAAAUCUCAGAAGUUAUCAAAGUAAAACUUGCUGUUGAAUGUCAUUUAAAUAAUCACCUGUUGCCAAACUUUUAAUUUGCACCUUUUAAAUACUGAGCAUUUAAGACACAGUAACAUUGAGUAUUAACAUCAUUUAUUUUGACUUUUAUUUGAAAUUUUAACAGUAUGUGUGGUUUGUAUUAAGACAAUACAAUAGUGGCAAAAAUACUUUUUCCAUGCACUGUUCUUUCAGAGUAGUGAAGAGGAAAACAUACAAAUUAUACAUCUAGGUGUUUAUUUUACUACAUCGUGUCUGUGUAUUUGUGUCUGUAAAUGUCCCCUAAAUUCAACAAAAGUUAACAUUAGAUACAGUCUCAUUAGCAUAUUCAAACAUUUCAGAAAAAUUGUCUUGCAAAAAAAAUUAUAUCAUUAAUGUAAAUCAUCAACUAGUGAAGUUACAUGUUAAUAUCUAUUUGUUCAAAAUGUUCACCCUAUACACCUGUUUUGAUACAGUACAUAUCUUCAAAGUCUAUUUUCUCAAAAUUGUUUUUUUCUCAAUCUGAACCAGAAAUCUGCACUUAAGUACACCACGUUUUCCAGUUUCAUUCCUAUAUAUUCCUAUAUCAUUCAUGUAACGUUUUAUUCCUAAAACAUGGCAACAUUUUAUCUUUUUUUUUUAUGGCUGUUGACAUAUUUUCAAAUUUAUGGAGUGAUAAAGAGAGAUGUCUAACAUUUCCUCUUUGAAAAUCACUAAUAUGACAAAAAAACAAUUUGGAACCUGGCUUUAACCAAUCUUCAGAUUUCUGUUGUGGAAAUGUAUGAAUAUUACUACAUAUUUAAUAAGAUGAUGCCUCAUUUGAAUGUUUAAACACAACAUUUCCGGUGUAAGCAAACAAUUGGGGAAGUUUCUAUCUAUAUAUUUCUAUGUAUCUAUUAGUUAAAAUCUCCCUUAAUGCCUGUGAUCAUUUCCCUUAUCACUGAGAGUAAUAAGUUUUUGUAUUUAUUGUUGCAGGGAGUGGAUUUCAUUAGUAAUGUUGGGUAUGAGACUAUAACUCAUAGACUUAAUGAUGGUCGACGGACGUGCAAAGACAUGGAGGAGCUCAUGAAAAUGAGGGCAUCAGCAGAAGAGAAAUAUGGCAAGGAACUGAUCACAAUUGCACGCAAGGCUGGGGGUACAUAUGAGAUCUGCACUUUGAGAACGUCUUUUAACGAAAUGAAAACACAAAUUGAAAACAUAGGGAACUUGCACCUUCAGCUGUCUGGACGCCUAAAGGAGGAGGUGAAGAGAAUGGAGCAGUUCAGAGAGCGACAGAAAGAGCAGAGAAAAAAGUUUGAAGUCAUCAUGGAGAAGGUCCAGAAGACAAAAGUCUCCCUCUACAAGAAAACAAUAGACUCUAAAAGAUCAUAUGAGCAGCGCUGCAAGGAGGCAGAUGAGGCAGAGCAAAACGCUGAGAAGAUGGGCAAUGCGCCAACAGCCACUCCCAAACAGAUUGAGAAGAUGAACAACAAAUCCAAACAGUGCAGAGAAGCUGCAGAGGAGGCUGAAAAACAGUACGAAUCCAACAUUGAGCAGCUUGACAAAAUUCGUCAAGAGUGGGAGUCAACACACAUCAACACAUGUGAGGUGUUUCAGCAGCAGGAAGAAGACAGAAUCAGCGUACUUAGGAAUGCAUUGUGGGUGCACUGUAACCAUUUAUCAAUGCAGAGUGUGCAAGAUGAUGAGUGUUACGAGAAUGUGAGAAAAACACUGGAAAUGUGUGACAUCAUCGCAGACAAUAAUAGCUUUGUGGAGAUGAAAAAAACCGGCUCGACCCCUAUAGCUCCUAUCGGAUUCCAAAGUUACUACGAGACGGAGGCUACAGACAGAAAUGGCAGUGCUGGAUUUGUUGGAGGAGUCAUGAAAAGGUUUUCAAAUCUUCUGCAGGGGAACUGUGGCUCCAAAUUGAGCAUCAAUGAAAACGUUGCACAACCUACUGCAGAGACAUCAGAAGGAGUGUAUGCUUCCAUUCCUGGAUGUCAGGACUCCCAGUCAAGCAGCGAGGGGUACCAGGUCAUGUAUGACUACGUGGCACAGGGGGAUGAUGAGCUCACAGUGUCUGCAGGGGAUGUUGUGGCUGUCUUAGAGCAAGGUGAGGACGGCUGGUGGAUGGUGAAAAGAAAUGGCUUAUCUGGAUUGGUCCCAGGCUCUUACCUCACCAAAUGAGUGACAUCCAUACGUAGGAUUACAUGACUACAUUUUCUCUUGUAAUAUUUUUUAAUGGCCUUGUCAUUGCAAACUACCUUGCGGUCUGAUUUUACCGGGUCAUAUUUGUGUUGCAUGCAUCAUUAAAGCCUCUAUGAGUAGGAUUUGACUAUGAGAGGAUCAUAAAAGACCCUGAAUGAAAAGCUUAAUGUUCCAGGUUUUUUUUUUUUUUUUUUACAAAGCAUCAUGCUGUUUAUUUAGAAAUAGAUUUUUAUAACAUAAUAAUCAUACAGAUAGGGGCAGUCACAUAGAGUAA